AAACCUGGCUCUCGGGCAGCCUGGGAAAGGAGGAGGAGGAAGAGCAGCUUAUUUGUGUUGGACUUAGUUACUGUAAGAGUAUUGGCAUAGCAUUUCUUUGUGACAUUAGCUGCUCAGCAUUGUCCCUAUCGUGUGGCUAUGAGAAGCAGCUGUGACUGGUUCCAGGCAGUGGGUAUAAUUCACUUUAGUAACACUCUGCCUUCGGUCUGCUCUCCCAAACAGUGCCAGCAGCCGGUCAUCUCCUCUCCUUCCAGGCAUUUUAAGCUGAAAUUUGCACAUAUAUGGAGCAGUUGAAGAAAAUCUUUGAAUAUUGCCACGCACAGCACUGCAUGUACGCAUGAACGUCGUGCCUGGUCACACACGUCACACGGUGCUUUUUGCACGUGGAUACAACCAUUAGAGCUUUCUGCAAACGGGUCACCCCCAAACACAGACUCCUGUGCCCCCACCUAAGUGCGUCCCGUCCUUACUCGGUCCUUGGUGGAUCACACACAGUAUAUCCAGAUGGGGUAACGUGAUUGAGGCAUCAGCGAUACAGAUUUGCAUCUGAACUAUCAGGAUUAACGUAUAAAUAUCUAUAUAUUUAUAUAUAUAUAUAUAUUAUUUUUUUUCCCCACACACAAAUCUAAGGACAUUUAAAAGAAGAAAAUCUUUUUCAGCUGCAGAACUUCGUCACAAAGGAAAGUGAAUGCUGCCUUGACGUUUUUCGCUCCCCCAACAUAUGGUGGAUUGCCAUCUCUUUGCUGCUUUUUUACGGUGUUCGGAAAGAGAAUAAUACUGUACAGCCCUUGGGACAUUUUGCACAAUAUUUGUGUUUGUCUGUAAUUUUUGUUUUUUUAUUUUCUCAACUGAAUCUUUGCUGUGUCGCAAUGGCUCGUAUAAAUCGUCCUGCUCCAGUGGAGGUCUGUUACAAAAACAUGCGUUUCCUGAUCACCCAUAACCCAACAAACGCAACCCUUAAUACUUUCAUCGAGGAUCUGAAGAAGUAUGGCGCCACAACUGUGGUCAGAGUGUGCGAAAUUACGUAUGAUAAGACCCCUCUGGAAAAAGAUGGCAUUACUGUGAUGGACUGGCCAUUUGACGACGGAGCACCACCUCCCAACAAAAUUGUGGAAGACUGGCUAAAUUUGCUGAAAGCGAAGUUCUGUGAAGACCCUGGCUGCUGUGUAGCUGUUCACUGCGUGGCUGGAUUGGGGAGGGCUCCCGUCCUGGUAGCGCUUGCUCUCAUUGAGAGUGGAAUGAAGUACGAGGACGCCAUUCAAUUCAUCAGACAGAAACGCAGAGGUGCAAUCAACAGCAAGCAACUGACGUACUUGGAAAAAUACAGGCCAAAGCAGAGACUAAGAUUUAAGGACCCCCACAAUCAUAAGAACAAAUGCUGCAUUAUGUAACGGUCGUGACGAUUUGCCAAAGCACUUGGACACGAGACACUCCUCAAAACAGGGUUUUACAAUGACGUCAGUGGACUGUUUCAAAAUCAAUGACUUAAUGAUGUUUUUCACAUGAAGGCUCCUUUGCACCAAUACUGCAAAAAAUAUAAAUGAAAAGAUUGUAUUGUCUAUUCGAGAAUGUUUUUGUUACAUCAGCCAGGUUUUGCAAAGAGACUAUAUAUAUUCACGUGUGAUUUGUACUGUGCACAGUUUUGAUCUCGGUCAGUGGGAUCAUCAAAUCUAACCCUAAAACAUUUAUUACGGUAUUUUUUUUUUUCUCUCAUGGGGGGGAGGGAAAUUUUACAUUUUGUUUUUUUUUUUGUUAGUUUUUUUUUUUUUUUUACUGUUUGCAGUUGAGCCAGGCCUUGUGAAUAAAAUGAUUAUCUAUAAAAAUAAAUAAAUAAAAAUGUGUGUGGUUUUCAGGGAAGUUAUCUGUAACAGUCCUGUAAUGAGUCUAGUAAUAUUAUUUUAAUUAGCGUUUUACUUUGGAAUCACCGUUGGAGACGUUGUAGCUUGUGUGUGGUGUGGUUUUUACGCUUGCUCACUGUACAGCUCGAUGUAUUGGACCCUGUGCAGGUAAGGCCAGACGUGAUAGAUAGCUGUGAAUUGUGGGAUUCGUUUGAGAAAUUCAGUCCUUAAUUGGUCAAUGAAAAGGGUGUCCUUGACUACAAGAUGCGGGGUUAUCGUUGCCUUGGAAACUGCCGUUUCGUUCAAUCUGACUUGCUAUAGUUAUCACCAAGCGGUUUUGUUAUUUAUUUAUUUUUCUUCUUUUUUAUACCAAGUCCUGUGAGAGGUCGGCCAAAUAGUACUCUGUGUAAUGAAGCUGUCCCUAGAUGUGCCCCUUACCUUUUUAGAUGACCCAGUAUAAAAUAGUGAUGGCUAACUUGUGGGCUAGAUUUCUCAUAUUCUCACCCCCCAAACCCACUCCACCCAAUGACAGAGGAUUUUGUCUUUCUGGAUUUUUUAGCUCAAUCAUUUAUGAUUACACUGCAUAUCAUCUUGUGCCUUUGUGGAUAAUAUCGGCACCUCAUCUGUAGCUUUGCUGGAUUUGAACAGGUGCACUUGAUUAUUAUUUUUCUGUUGCCCCAUAGUUCCCUCAAUCUAGCAUUGAAAUGGUCAAUGGGAAUUAAGAAGUUGUUAAAGCCUAAAAACAUGCGCACUAACAUAAAGUUCUUAAUAGAGCAGUUUGCAAGGUGUUAGCCCUUGGAUGGCUAAGCACAAUGGGAGUUUUCAUUCCGCUGUUUUGGUAUUCCUGGUUUAACUGUUUCAGUGCUGGACUGAGCUGCAGGUAGAACCUGCUAUGUGUAUUAAAUGGUUUGUGUCCUAAACAUGCAUAAACCCAACUCAAUAUUUAUUGUUGGAUUUCGGCAUUGUACUUCAUGAAUACACACAGUAUGUUACAGUAUCAGAAAAAUGUUAAAGCUGGGAUCUAUCAGAAACAGGUUAAAAAAACAAACAAAAAAAAUAAUAAUCUUGAAUUGCACUUGAAAUGCUUCCUGUUUUCCCUGUACGUGUAAAAGAAAUUGAUCUCUGGAUUACUAUAAAUUGGUAUUUAA